CAAUUGACAAUAGAAAUAAUAUUUAUGCAUAAAAAAUAAUAGAUAAGCAAUUUCACGUUAAUGAACAUUUUAUUUGUAGGUUUUAAGAAAUUUCGUUAACCGAUGCGAAUAUUUCGGAUUAGUAAUAUUAUUUACGGGAAAAUUUGCACGUAAUUUCGUUCGAAUUUUCAAAUACCAGCGGUAAAUUUAGUGGAAUUGAAGUGCAACGAUUUUUGACAUUUAAAUCCCCAAGAUGGAAGCGCAUGCGCGGUAACCUACAAUUUUGCUGCAGCCAUUUAUAUUGUUCACAUUUUACCAAGUGUUAAACACAUAAAAUCAGGAUGACUGACUCGAUGAAUUUUGGUCCGGAUUGGAUACGUAACUUAUCUUCCGAAGGUACAACCGGAGGAGGAGGAGCUGGAGGAACCAAGUAUCAACUAGCCGAUUAUCGAUACGGCCGCGAGGAGAUGCUGGCCUUGUUCGAUAAAAAUCUAAAACCCCCCAUCUCCAUAUCGAACUUCAAAUGCCUGUAUUCGGACACCUGUCUUCAACCGUUAGCUCUAUUACCAGUGACCGAGGAAGAGCAAAGAGUCGGCUGGCAGGGGCGGCCGAACGCCCUGCUGGCGGGCCCGUCGCGCGGCCGCGGGGGCUCCCUGGAACGAGGCGGUCGCAUCAGCAGAGGCAGGGGCUACCAGUACGGCAGGCCGGCGGGCUACGAGGCGGGCUGGGGCAACGGCGAACAGCCCGACUGGAGCCCGCGCAAAGACUACGCCAACCAGCGGACGGCGUCGGACAAUUGGCGGCGCGUCCGCAGCGAGGAGGACGAGUGGCGGAACGCGGGGGCGCCCGGCCGCAGCGCCGCCCACGACAAAUGGACGAGGUCGAUGAGUUGGCGCGGCGACGGCGAUUCGGAGGAGCGGACGGGCCCGCCGGAGAGGGGCGGACGCGCCGGCUGGGCCGACAAUAGGGCGGGCGCGAUGGGGCGCAAGUCUUGGGAGAACGACGAUCAUCUGCCCGAAUGGGCUACAGAGAAUCCCACCGAAGGCGGCGGGACGUUCGAUGAGAAGGGGGCUUUUCACAAUUCCGACGACGAACAGCCUGAUGUUAAACCGGUUAAAAAGGAAUCGGGUUUCCAGAAAUCGGUUUCGCUACACCAAAUGUCCGGUAGGAAUCAGAUUCAACCGCCUCCGAUGCUCUCGUCGAAAUCCGUGGCUUCCCUCAAAUUGGAUGAAACGUGUUUGCAAAAGAACGAUACCCUAAACGAAAACGUUUCAAUGGACAAAAGAGACAUCGAAGAUGAUCAGGAGGUGACGAACGUGCGACAGCAGAAAAAGAAUUCCAACAUUUUUAUGGACGAACGAAAGAAAUCGUUGCCUAACCUAGCGGAAAAGGUCAACAAAGAAGAGAUGAAAUUACCCGAAGGUUUACACAAACAUCACUUACCUAACGAAAAAGUAAUAGUAGCGAACGGUCCUAUCAAUAUCAGACCGGACGAACCGGACUUUGAACGGUUGCAAGAGGAAUACGUGCUGAAAUUAGUAGUGGACGAAGACCUACCCAAACAAGUACCUAACAAUUACGACGUCACCAAUAUACAACCACCACCGAAUUUGGCCACGACCGCCCCCAUAUUAGACAAAUGGUAUUACCAAGAUCCGCAAGGCCAAAUGCAAGGCCCGUUUUCGAACGCCGAAAUGGCCGAAUGGUACAAGGCCGGCUACUUCAGCAACCAAUUGAAGGUGCGCCGGCAAUGCGACGAGCGCUUCUACCUGUUGGGCGAGCUGAUCGGCAUGUGCGCCGGCGCCAAUCCCUUCCAAUCCGGCGUCCGGUUUCCCGUGUUGAAGGGCGACAAUCUGCCGAAGAUCGCGCCGCCGCCGCCCGCCGAGCCGGACAUGUUGCCUCUGCAGUACCUGUCCCAGAUGGCGGCGUUCCAGGCGCAGGCGCAGGCCCGGCUGCUCGCCGAACCGUGGAACGUCGGCAUGCCGCCGCCCGAACUCGCCGCCCAAAGACUGAUGAUGCAACAACAGGUUACGCCGGAUAUUCAGUAUUUACAACAACAGCCGGCUACUAAUCCGUUGAUGCACAUGAUUAAUCAAAUGCAGCAGGUGAACAAGCUUCCUGGUCAAGGGAUCGUCGAUAAGAAUCCGAGCAUACCGCCGGCGAUGGACGCUCACAUGCAAUUGCACAAUUUGCUCUCUAUGCAGAACCGUCUGCCGGGCGCCGCCGCCGGUGUGCCCGGCGCCCUGCCGGCCGGCCUGACGAAUCUACCGCCGCCCGAGGGCCUGCCCAACAUACCGAUUCAAAGCAAUAUACCGGUCAGUAUUGGCGGGAACAUCUCCAUGCCGAGGCCGACGUCUCGCGGCUCCGAACAGAUCCCGCCUAACCAAAACCCCGACCCGAUUUCUAGUCUACUAAAGCAAUUGCAGCAGCAGCAGCAGCAACAACAACAGCAACAGAAGCAAUCGACGAAUUCGCAGGUCGAAACGCUUUGGCAACAGAACUCGUUCAAUCCGGACAACGGUACGGCGCAAUGGCAAUCGCAGAACGACGUGCCCGUAUCGAUGUGGGACAUUCCCAAACCGGACAACGCGCCGGCGUUGACGCAAUCGGAGAAGCUCCAGCAGGCGUUGCAGCCGAAACCGGCGAAAGACAAGGAAAAGGAGCAGGAGGCGUUGGCCAAGGAGCUGAAGAAGAAGAAGGAAUUGGAGGAGAAGCAGGCCAAGAAGGAGGAGGAGAAACGCAAGCAGGAGCAGAAGAGAUUGGAGGCCGAGCGUAAGAUGUUGGAGGAGAAGAAGCGAAAGGAGGAGGAGCGGAUCAAGAAGGAAUUGGAGAAGGCGAAGAGAGAGGCCGAGGAGAAGAGGUUGCGUGAGUUGGAGGAGAAGAGGCGGCUCAAAGAGCAGAGGAAACUAGAGGAGGAGGCUAGGAAAAAAGCCGAGGAAAUGAAGAAAUUGGAAGAGGAAAAAUUGAGGCAAGAAUUGAAAGAAAAAGAAGCGAGGCGACAGGAAGAAGAGAAGAGACUGCAACAGGAACAUCAAAGGCAAGCCAAAGCUGCGCCAUGGUGUCAAGCCAAUUCCAAUAUGGGCCUCAGUUUGGCGGAGAUUCAGAAAGCCGAAAGGGAAAAACGGGCCAUCGACGCGGCAUUGCAAAUACAAAGGCAACAACAGGAAAAAGAACAACAGCAGCAAUCGCAACAAGAGAAAACCGCCAAUCCGCAAUUCAAUUGGGCCAAGAAACCGGUCGAGGCGAGAAAGGUGAAAUCGUUGGCGGAAAUACAGGCAGAAGAACAGGAAAAGCUUUCGAAACAAGUCGCCGAAUCGAGGCUACACAAAGAAAAGGAACCGGCGCCGGUGACCAACAACACCGGAACGAACAUCUGGAGCAGCCAGAAUCUGACUUGGGCCUCGUCGUCGGUCAACUGGUCGAAUUCGGGUUUUUGGGACGAUUCGUCGAGCAAGCAACAACAACCGGCCGCCGCCAAACCGUCCGCCGUAACGAAAAGUAAUUCGGCCAGCAAUUUCACCAGUGCCAGCAAGAGCCAACCGCAGAAACCGGCGAAGGCCGUCAAACCUGCGAAGAAAGAGGAAGCGGCGCCGAACAAAUCGAACCACCACCACCACAACAACAACAAUGAACCCUCCACCGAUGAAUUUAUGAGUUGGUGCUACAAGACUUUAUCGAAUAUAUCGACUAACGUGGAUAUUCCGACGUUCGUGACAUUUUUGCGGGAUAUCGAAUCGGCGUACGACGUGAAGGAGUACUGCAAGGAGUAUUUAGGCGAUAACAACGCGACGCAUCAGUUCGCGUUGAAUUUUUUGGAGAAGCGGCGCUCAUUCAAGCCCAAGAAUAACGCUCACAAGGACGAUAUGUGCGCCCCCGCUCCGGCUAUUACUCCAUCGUUACAACACAGCACCGAAUUUCAGGAAGUUAAGGGUAAAAAUAAGAAAAAUAAAAAGUCGAAAAUGACGAAAGUGGAUUCCCGAAUUUUAGGCUUUAACGUUACGUCUGCCCCCGACCGAAUCAACGUGGGUGAUAGAGAUUACGGUGAUACUUCUUAAGAAAAAUAGUUUAUUUGUGAAGAAAUGAAAAAAAUAUUGUUAUUAAUUGUACCUAAUUAUUAUACAUAUAUAAUUUUUAAGACAAU